UGUGCAUGAUGUAAAACUGCAUGCUGUGGUGGUCUGUGAAGGUGGAGCGAGGAGCUCGUUGCAUCACUUUUACGGUUCAUUGAUGCUGCACUUUAUCAUAGCUGUUCAUUUCCCCUCGGCAUACAGCUGUAGAAAACACAAAAACACACACACACACAGAGAGAGAGAGAGAGAGAGAGAGAGAGAGAGAGAGAGACAGUAAGUGAAAGUGAGCACGAGGAGCAAACGAGAAACCCCUCGCUCUCAGUUUUCAUCCUCGUUUAAGGAGCUGGCAGCAGUGCAAAAGAGGAAAAGACGAAGAAUUACAGCCACACUCAUUUAUACAGCUCCAGCCUGUGAACAUAUCCCUUCUUCAUCAUCAUCAUCACCAUCAUCGCUGCUGCUUCUGAACACAGAGAUGAAGUUAAUUCAUACUGAAGGCAGUGUUUGUGUGAGGGGGCGUCAUCUGUUUUAUUCAGCCGAAGGAUCAUCACUGGUUAAUUGAAUUUCAACUGAGGCGAUGGCUGAGGUGGAGCUGCUCUCCACACCCCAUGAUAUUGAGAUCAGCGAUGUGACCUGCGACUCGUUCCGGAUCACCUGGGAAAUGGCCCCCGAGGACCCGUCCCGAGUGACGCAUUACUUCAUCGACUUGAGCCGUAAAGAGGGCAGCGAGCACAACCGCUUCAAGCACAGAGAUGUCCCCACCAAGCUAGUGGCAAAAGCAGGACCUCUGCCGAUGGCUGUGAGAGGACACUGGUUCCUGAGCCCUCGAACAGAGUACUGUGUGGCUGUUCAGACCGCCAUCAGACAGCCAGAUGGAGACUAUCAGGUGUCUGAAUGGAGCCAAGUAGCGGAGUUCUGCACUGGAGAUUAUGCCAUGGAGCAUCUCCAGCAGCUGUUUGAUAAAGCUCAGGCCGCUGCUGGGAGGAUGCUCAGGUUCUCCGUCUUCUACCGCAAUCAGAGUCCUGAAUACUUCCAAUAUGUCAGGUCAGAGUCUGGAGGUGCAAUGCUCCCAUCUUUCAAAGACAACAGUGGAAGUCACGGCUCCCCCAUCAACGGAAAGCUCCGCGGCGUCUUCCUCAGCUGCAACACAGAGUUCGACACAGGCCUCCCUCCCAAAGACUCCCCAUAUGGCUCUCUGCGCUUCCAAAUUUCUGCCGAUCGUGUCCUCGCCUCGAGUACAAACCUCUACUUUGCUGACUUCUACUGCAUGUACACAGCAUACCAUUAUGUAGUGUUGGUGCUGGCCCCUGCUGGAUCAGAGGGGGAUAGCUUUUGCAACAGCUGCCUACCACGACUGGACCUGUCAAGCAAUCCCUUUCUGACAUUCACGCCUGGAGACGUACCGGCCUUCUGUCACGCCAGUGAUGUCAUUCUGGAGGUGUUGUACACAGAGCCCUUGCUUCUGGAGCACGGCAUACUCGCUCAGAUCAGCGGCCGUCACCAGCUCAUGAGCCUUUCCACCGCAAACGCCAAAAAAGACCCAAGCUGUAAGGUGUGCAAUAUCAGUGUGGGCCGCUGAGCUUUGAAUGGCAGCUCUCACUGGAAGUGCAACCGGAAACCGGAUCGUGAGAACCUCACUGAUCUGGAAAUGGACCCAAAGUUCUAAUGAGUAUCUGAAUAAAUAUUCAAACUUAUGAAAAUUUGAAAAUACACCAAAGGCAUUGCACAAAAGAGGCAAGAAUAAAUAAAAAUGAAUGAGGUCAUGAUAGUCUGGCCACUUGUCAUGAAACCAAGCCAUAUGAUCUGUGAGACAACUAUUCAGAUCUUAAAGAGACAGUUCACCCAAAAAUGUUUCAUCAUUUACUGACUGUCUUUUAAAACCUGUAUUUUAAAGCACCGUAAAAGUGGUCCAUGAGACUAGUGUUAUAUUUUGAAACUCUUUUGAAGCCAUAACUUGUGAGUCCACUUCCUUGAGACUAACCGUAUAUAUAAAGAGGCUACGUUAUUGAAUUAUGUAAUUGAUUCUAAUUGUUUUUUGUAUUAAGUCAUUUGGGUUGUCACCCGUAAUUAAUUUCAUGAUUAAUUGUGUGCAUGUAUAUGCAUAAAUGUUACAUUAACUGUAUAGAAUGCUUAAACAGAAUAAAACACUUCUGAGAGUU